AGUGCCGUAUUUAUAAUGUUUCUGAAGUCAGAGUUGAUGUGUAUUAUCAGGAAAACUUCCCCCUGGUGCAUUAACAAGUAAGUGGCGUCUUAAUGUUGCAUCUGGUUGAGGUGGAAUGUUAAGCAUUUUAUUCACAACUAUGUAGUUUCAUCUACAACUACAUCGUAUUAUUUUAGCUAAUGAUGUGGUUUGUAUCUACACACAUACUAGUAACUAGUAUCGACAGCUGUUAGAUAAAGUUAAUAGAGUAAAAAAAAACAACGAUAUUUCCCUGUGAAAUAUUGUGGAAUUAAGGGAAAUGCAAAAGGAGAAGCAAAUCAAAAUCGUACUUAAACAAAUGUAAUUCAUUACAUGCCACCACUUGUUGCAUUUAUAGAAAAUGAAAAAACAAAAACACUUUCAGUGUUGCCCAUUGUAGCCAAAAAAAAAACUAGCUGAAAUGAGAGUACGGUCAUAUUUCCUGGUGAAAUAUCAAAGAAGCACGUAACCGUAUUUCCACUAUGCCCUUAACUAAACUGCAACACAUGCUGUCCAGUGCGAUGUCCUCUUCGAUAAUGUCACGGAGAGCAGGUUGCUGGGACUGGUGGAGUCCACAAAAGAACACGCGUGAGUUUUAGCAGAAAGUUCAAACCGGCCUCUGGUCUACUACUGAACCACGUGCUCACAGCAUGACUCUGUACGGAGAGGGGUUGACGGCAUUACGCGCUCCGAGGCAACGCCACAAACGGGCCUCGAAUAUGCGGCCGCGGAGUUGCAUCAACUGGCCUGACGCAAAUCUUUAUUUACACCCAUCGAAGGAUGGCCAUUACUGCUGAUGAUGUGUCACUGGAGGACAUCAUACCCAUCUCCCUCGACUUCGCCGUUGUGGAGGUUUCGUCACCAGAGGAACUUGCAGUCGUGGGUGCCGAUACCAGAGUGAGAGUAAGCCACCAGGAAGAAGCGUUGGAGCUCAGACUGCCCUUUGGGUCUCACUCGCGGCUCUUUCUCAGCGAGGUCAACAGGGCAUGGAGUGAUGUCUGCAAGUCUCCCUCACAGGUACCCAAGUUCGAGUGGAUCAACAAGUACCACAAAGCCACUAGAGGCCAGGGAGUUGUCAAGCAGGCCCUUGCGCCCCUCGGCGCGACGUUGUCUAAACUCAACCAGCACCGGAAAACAGAGAAAUCAUCAGACAAAAAGGGAAGUUUAGAAAGGGAGAAAGGCUCAAACAGAGUUUGUUCAAGCCCGGAGAGUCCGGGCAUCUGUAGUCGAGAGGACCGGGAUGACCUCGUGCGCUCCUCCAGCCACACCCCAUCUAACAAAGCUCAGAUACUAGCCAUGCCACAGUUCAACCUGCGUGACAACCUUAUCAGGUGUGAGCUACUGAAGAAUGAGGACCUUUACACUUACCUGGAGCAUUUCAGCUUUUUCCUUGGCACAUACAAUGUGAAUGGACAGACACCAAAGGAAAGCCUCCAUCCUUGGCUGAGCUGCACUCUCGAACCUCCUGACAUGUACUGCGUGGGUUUCCAGGAACUUGACCUCAGCAAAGAGGCUUUCUUCUUCAAUGACACACCCAAAGAGCUGGAGUGGACGAAGGCUGUGUCCAAGGCAUUGCAUCCAGAUGCCAAGUAUGCCUUAGUGAAGUUGGUGCGUCUGGUGGGCAUCAUGCUGAUCUUCUUUGUGAAGAAGGAGCAUGCAGAGUUCAUCUCUGAUGUGGAGGCUGAGACUGUGGGCACUGGCAUCAUGGGAAGGAUGGGAAACAAGGGCGCUGUGGCAGUUCGUUUUCGCUUCCACAACUCUGAUAUCUGUGUGGUCAACUCUCACCUAGCUGCCCACAUUGAAGAAUACGAGAGACGUAAUCAAGACUACAAAGACAUUUGCAGCCGUUUACAGUUUCGACAGCUUGACCCUACCCAGCCUCCGCUCACUAUCACGAAGCACGAUGUUGUUUUAUGGAUCGGAGACCUCAACUACAGAAUCAGUGACCUUGAUGUUGACAAUGUGAAGGAGCUAAUCAGCAAGAAGGACUUUGAAAAACUGCACAAUUAUGAUCAGCUCAAGAGGCAGAUCGAUGAGGAAGCUGUGUUUGUUGGCUUUGUGGAGGGCGAGAUUGAUUUCCAGCCCACCUACAAAUAUGACACCGGCUCUGACAAGUGGGAUACAAGUGAAAAGUGUCGUGUGCCUGCUUGGUGUGACCGUAUCCUGUGGAGAGGGAAAAACAUCAAGCAACAACAUUAUCAGAGUCACAUGGCUCUAAGGACCAGUGACCACAAACCAGUCAGUUCCCUGCUUGUCGUUGGGAUAAAGAGGGUAAAUGGUGAGGCCUAUAAGAAGACCUUUGAAGAGAUAGUGCGCAAUAUUGACAAAAUGGAGAAUGAAUGUAUUCCAUCUGUAACGUUGUCCAAACGGGAGUUCCACUUUAAGGAUGUGAAGUUCAUGCAGCACCAGGCAGAGACAUUGAGCCUAUUUAAUGAUGGACAAGUCCCAUGUCAGUUUGAGUUUAUCCAGAAGCCAAAUGAGCCCACAUACUGCAAGCCCUGGCUCACAGCCAACCCCCCAAAAGGUUUCAUCGCUCAGGGUGGUUCUGUGGACAUUGAGCUCGAGGUUUUUGUAAACCGCUCGACAGCGCCUGAACUAAACUCUGGCAAGCAACAGAUCGAAGACAUCCUGGUGCUUCACUUGGAGCGUGGCAAGGACUACUUCAUCCCUGUGACAGGAAACUACCUGCCCAGCUGCUAUGGCACCUCCAUCCAUUCAUUGUGUCAGUUUAGAGAGCCCAUCCAGGACAUGACGCUUCAUGAACCGGUGGAGAUGUCUGGAGAUGAGAAUGCAGCAAACACUGAAAAGCCUCUAGACAUUCCUAAAGAACUCUGGAUGAUGGUGGAUCACUUGUUCCGGAAUGCAAUAAAACAGGAAGACAUAUUUCAGCAACCUGGGCUCCGGAGUGAAUUUGCGGAAAUAAGGGAUUGCCUUGACACUGGCAUGCCAGAUUCUCUUCCGGGCAGUAACCACUCAGUGGCAGAGGCCUUGCUUCUCUUCCUAGAUGCCCUCCCAGAGCCUGUGGUUCCCUACUCCUUUUACCAGCAGUGCCUAGAAAGCUGCUCUAGUGCCAGUCAGUGUGAGAAAGUUAUUUCCAUGCUACCUCAGUGCCAUCAAAAUGUGUUCAACUAUCUAGCUGCCUUUCUCCGUGAGCUGUUAAAGAAUUCUGCUACCAAUCGAUUAGAUGUCAACAUCUUGGCCACCAUUUUUGCCUCUUUGCUCCUGAGGUCCCCUACAAAACAGGAUCUUGCAGAAAAGAGGAAGACUCAGGAGUUCUUUCAGCACUUCCUGACCCAAGGCUCCUCCUAGAUGGAGUACUUCUCCCUCUUGUCCUUCAUGCUGAAGCUGAACACUAAAAAAUGUACAGUCCAGUAUUUAAAAUAAACUGUAAUGAUUUCUCAUAUUCUUAGAUGGUUCUUUGUAUAGAUAUAGUAUAAUUACUACAAGUGACAGUUCUUAUCUGAUAUUAGUUUGUUUUAAAGCAAUGUUUGUGAUCUGUUGAUAGACAGAUUAUAUUGUAUUUCACUGAGCAUCCGUAGAGACCUAAUAAUUUUUAAUGUAUGUAUAUUUUAUUUAAAAAAAUAAUUUGUAUUUUAAUGUUUCUGAUCUCAAAAGCAUAUUGUUUU